AUGGAUAAAUUCCUAAUCUCGACCAAAUGGCUCCUGCUUCUGCUCAAUGUCGUCCUUCCUUGCCUUUGCCUGGACAACGGCCUCGCCCUCACGCCGCCAAUGGGCUGGAUAUCCUGGGAGAGGUUCAGGUGCGUCACUGAUUGCCGGGACUUUCCUGACCAAUGCCUGGACGAGAACCUGAUUAUGCAAAUGGCCGACUUGUUGUCCAGCGAAGGAUACUCGCAAGUCGGAUACAAUUACGUUAUCGUCGACGAUUGCUGGUCGGCCAUCGAGCGCGUCUUCUGCCAUAAAUUCGAGGAUAAGGUCCUGAUUCCGAGCAAGGAACGUUUUCCUCAUGGUAUUCCUUUCCUGGCCGAACACGUUCAUUCUUUGGGCCUGCUUUUCGGCCUUUACGCCGAUAUUGGGAACUACACGUGCGCCGGAUAUCCUGGUAGCGCCGGACACUACGAGACGGAUGCUUUCACGUUUGCGGAUUGGGGAAUUGAUUUUCUCAAAAUGGAUGGAUGCCAUUGGCCUCCGGAAUGUCUUCCGCCCGAGUACAUGAAAUUCGGCCAGGCCCUAAACGAAACUGGCCAUCCGAUUGUCUACUCUUGCAGCUGGCCCUCGUAUCAGCAGGACGUCAAUAUGUCUCCCAAUUACGAAUUGGCUGCCGAAACUUGUAACAUGUGGCGAGGAUAUUUGGACAUCCAGGAUUCGUGGCAGUCGGUCGUCGAUAUCAUAGAUUAUUAUGCAUCCGUCCAGGAUGAUGUAGCCCCAAGGGCAGGUCCUGGCCAUUGGAAUGAUCCUGAUAUGCUUCUGGUCGGCGGAUAUGGCCUUAGCCCGGACCAGGCCAAGGCGCAGAUGUCGGUGUGGGCCAUCAUGGCGGCGCCACUGUUGCUCUCAGCCGAUUUGAGAACCAUGACGGAGCAGAACAAGGAAAUUGCCAUGAACAAGGGUGUAAUAGCCGUUGACCAGGACAAGUUGGGUAUUCAAGGUAGAAGAUUGUACGAAAAACGAGGUCUAGAAGUUUGGACGAGACCUAUUUUGCCAGUCUGGGAUCGUUAUAAAAGUCUCGCCAUUGUCUUUUUUAAUAGAAGGUAG